GGCUGAUGUCGUAUCCUCAGGGCUUUGCAAACUGAUGCUGAGCUCCGCCCUCUUCACGUGUGUCACCACAGACAGGUCGAGCCAGUCUGACACACGAGUCCAUCAGCAGCAUGACUGUCUCUGUCUGUCUGUCUCCACACCUGCUUCAAACGAAGAACCAUACCCGAGGUUAUACCGUUCCAGGACGCUGUCACGGACAGUAUCAUCCAUUAGCACAGUCUACAAGCAAGACCAUUCGGCCAUUGUAGGUUCCAGCCGUCGGCAUGAGCAUCCCUUCCAAAGACCGUAAGCCAAAAAAGCCCCAUUACGUCCCCCGUCCCCCCGGAAAGCCCUUCAAAUACCAGUGCUUCCAGUGUCCUUUCACCUGCAACCAGAAAUCCCAUCUGUUCAACCAUAUGAAAUACAACCUGUGCAAGAUCUCCAUCUCCAUAACUGCUAAACCGAACCAAAGUCCCAUCCAAAAUUCCACAUCAUCACCAAACGUCCAGUCUGCAAUGGAGCGCAAUGGCUCGAUGUGUGCCAAUGAUGAAACAUUCUCUGUAGUGGAAGUGACCUCGACUAGUACUGACCCUGUAGGCGGAUCAAACUCUGAACCAUCUCCUCAAAACGGGGACACACAAAAGGAAGCCGAUCUUCAUUCCUCAGACCCGAUGUCAUCCUCUAUAGGUGACUCCAAGGACAUUAAACCCGUGUAUAAACCCGAAGCUCUUCUUCCACAACACGUGUAUAACCCUGCGACCAUCUGGAGACCCCCGAUCUCAUUCCCACCCAGCACUGUAAGUCCUGAACACAAAUCACAUCUACAAGACAAAGAGUUGGAUUUUCCUUAUCACGGUGGCGUCAUUCCUGGAUAUCAUUCCUAUGUUAUUCCAUCCCCUCUGCAUCCACUCUACCAUCAGUAUCACCCCUAUCUACAGCCAAGCAACAUUUAUCACUCCACCCCGCCACACCCGCACCUCCUCCCGUACGCCCUGGAAACCCACAGACUCCACCAUCUGUUACCAAGGGAACUGUUGCCAAUGAAUUCUCUAUCACCCGCCUCUGAAGAGUAUUUUAGGCACCAUUACACAUUUCUGAGCUAUAGCCAGAACCAUCCACAUGACCAAACCCUUCCCGCCGCACCCUACUUUAUCCCGUACUCACAAUCAGUCCGUCAUGCGAUGGAUACGGAGAACAUUGCGAGUGAACACGGGUAUGAAGAGAGAGAGCUCAAGACAAAUAAAGAGCUACAGGUGAGCCCGCAGACCGGCCGGUCGGCUUCUGGAUCACCAGAGAGACCAAACCCUCACCAUGGUUCCCAGGAGUCAGCGGAUGCAGUGUCGACCAGCCAAUCCGAAGAGAGGGACGGGGAUAUACAGAUAAAUGGUGAUGGUCAGAAUAGCACUGAAAGGUCACCAAUGUUCACAGAGAUGGAGACUGAAGCUAAAAGUGUUGAUGAUGUCAUAGUUCCUCUCAAUCUCUCAAGAAAAUGUCAGAUCAAAAGUGAUGCUUCACCUCAGCAGUGGUUUCCCCUGAAUCUGUCUGUGAAGUCAUCGACAGCUCCAUCAGCGAGCCAAUCACAGAGCGGCUUGAGCGAUGAGGAGAUUCUGGGUAGCAUGACAUCACAGGUGGACGAUGAUGUCAUUGUGGAAGAUGAGACAACGGCUGCGUUUGCUCUCUGCCAGCUGGCCCAAUCCGUUCUGACACCCAUGAGCAGAAACACAAACAUCUAUUCAUCUCUUUCAACUGCCUGUGAUGAGCCAGAAGCCCACCGCUUUCAAAAGCCAACACCCGAUUGUGAUCAAACAGAAGCAACUGAUACUCCAACAAACAUUAACUUCACAAAUACUUCUCCAGAUCUCAAAUCAGAUCUGGACAUCACCGCCCCUGCAUCAAACAUGAAACAUUCAAAGAGGAAAACACGUGCAUCACACGGCACCAAAAGAAAACGAUCGAGUGGCCUUAAUAACCGCAACCUGAGGAAAAGAACUUGCCAUUAAUCUCAAGACUCAAGACAUUUUAGACAAUGUGGUGAUAUGAAUUAAACUAUACACUAAAGUCCUCCUGAUCAGACCGAAAUUAGUUUUUUUGGGGGGAGCUGCGUUGUCAACUAUGAAGUGAAACACAAUGUAUUAUAUUUAUUUUUUUAAACUACUUUGUUUUUAUUGUUAAUGUUGUCACGCUUCUGGAUUAAAAAAUAGUCAAUAAAAAACAAUAAUGAAACACCGAAA